AUGUUGAGUCGCGCCAUCUUGCCUCUAACGAGGCCCAAUGUCCUCGCCUCUGCCACCCGGGCUUCGCGCGUUCCACGGGUUUCGGCCCUGUCUGUUCAGCAACCCCGGUGGUACGCCAAGGGCAAGGGUACACCUUAUGAGCUCCCCAAAUCUAUGCAGGACGAGUCCACAAAAUCCACAGAGUCGGAAUCGAAGGAAUCGUCUGAAGCAGAGCCAUCCGAGCCUAAGACAAAGCCGGAGACUGACGCGGCUGAGCCAAACACACCCGAACCUGAACAGAUCCCCAAUAAGCCUCUCCCCGACCUGACUCAAGGUAUCCCAUCGACUUUGGCCGCCGAGUUGGAAGGCCGCAUGAAGAAAGGCGGCCCAUUAAACAUCACCGAGGAUCACACCCAAUCCGACGAAUACAGUGAAGACCGUGGUGGAGAUAUCCCCAAGAGUGGAUAUGAGACCUCUCUUGACCGCCGCAAGGCCCGCAUGGCCAACAUCAUGUACGCCGUGAUGCUGGCUGCGGGUAUCGCUGGUCUGGGUUACCUGGGCCGCAACUGGGAAACCGAGGAGGAACAGAGUGCCCAUGCAGACCAACCCUCUGGCUGGAGCCCUGGUCUCUGGUGGAGCCGUAUCAAGGCUCGCACCGGCGACCUGACUAGCUACUACAAGGAUCCGGCUUUCCCCCAGCUGCUUCCCGACGAGGACCCCAGCCUGCGUCAGCCAUACACACUUGUUCUCAGUAUGGAGGAUCUGCUCGUUCACAGCGAGUGGAGCCGUGAGCACGGUUGGCGUGUGGCUAAGCGUCCCGGUGUGGAUUACUUCCUUCGUUACCUCAACCAGUACUAUGAGCUUGUUCUGUUUACCACUGUGCCCAGCAUGAUGGCCGACCAGGUUCUCCGCAAGCUCGACCCCUACCGUAUUAUCCGCUGGCCCCUCUUCCGUGAGGCUACCCGCUACAAGGACGGAGAGUACAUUAAGGAUCUUUCCUACCUGAACCGUGAUUUGUCUAAGGUGAUCCUCAUCGACACGAAAGAGGAGCACGCUCGCCUGCAACCCGAAAACGCCGUUAUCUUGGACAAGUGGACCGGUAACCCCAAGGACAAGACGCUGGUCGCUCUGAUACCCUUCCUGGAGUACAUGGCCGGUAUGGGCGUCGAGGAUGUGCGUCCCGUGCUGAAGUCAUUCGAGGGCACCCAGAUCCCUAUCGAAUUCGCCAAGCGCGAGAAGGCCAUGCGCGAGCGUUUCGAGAAGGAACUCACCGAGGAGAAGAAGAAGAAGCCCUCCAUCAGCAUGGGUAGCGUUGCCUCCGCUCUUGGACUGAAGUCCACCCGCACUAUGGACGGCGAGGUCUCGCCCUCUGAGGGUCUUGCCCAGGGCAAGAUGCUGUGGGAUCAGAUCCGUGAGCGUGGACAGAAGAACUACGAGCUGAUUGACCGGGAGAUCCGCGAGAACGGCGAGAAGUGGCUUGCUGAGAUGGCCGCCGAGGAGGAGAAGGCUCGUCAAGAGCAGAUGCAAAGCAUGAAGGGCUCUUUCACUGGCAUGUUUGGCGUUGGCGGUGACAAGCAGUAA